AUGACGAGGGGGUUACAGCCUCCAUUUGAUGCGAACAAAACAGGACCAGCAUACACUGGACGGGAAACCAUCUACCCAGAUUGCUCCCUUCACAUCCAGAACUUAAGUUUAAGUGAUGCUUCAAACUACAAGCUGAAAGAAACAGGAACUGGAGCUUCUUAUAUAGGAAAUGUAAGCUUCACUGUCCAAGAGUUUCUGCCCAAGCCAGAUGUGACAGUCUUUCCAAGCCCUUUCCUUGUGGAAAAAGCCUCCGUUCAGCUAGUCUGCCAUACAACCAUCACAAAAAUUGUUCAGUGGCUUAAGAACGGAAAACCUGUCAGUGACGACGCCCAUCUCACAGACCAUAACCGGACACUCUCCAUUCCGUCUGUAACCAGGAAUGACACUGGGAGUUAUGAGUGCUUUGUUUCCAAUGGAAUCAGCAAUGUAACAAGUGAUCCAGUAUACCUCAGUGUGAUCUAUGGUCCAGAUACACCUACGAUCCGGCCAACUGAAAUAUGUUAUGCAGAACACAGCGUCAUUAUCCUCUUCUGCUCAGCUGAUUCAUUUCCCCAGCCUCAGUAUGUUUGGUUUCAUAAUAAAAAGCAGAUAGAAACCGGGCCAACAUUAGUCAUUAAAGAUUUCACUGAGGACAACACUGGGGAGUAUACAUGCGAAGCCAGAAAUGAACUCCUUAACCUCCGAAAGAGAAGCGCUGUUCAAAAGCUUUACUUGGAGAAAAGUUGUGUAAGCAACGUCACCAUCACUGGUCCACCAGAGGCCAUCGAGGGCCAGUCGAUCAUAUUGCACUGCACAGCAAAUGGUGACAGUGUUUCUUAUUCUUGGACCAAAGGAAGCCACGAGGUGCAUCCAGAUGGCCGCAUCUCUUUGACAAAUAACAACCAAAACCUUGAGUUUAACCCAUGUCACCGAAGUGAUGCUGCUGACUAUACAUGCCAUGCUUCCAACAGCUUCUCUUCCAAUAAGAGUGACCCCUAUCGCUUAGAUAUCAUCUAUGGACCUGACCCUCCUAUCAUCAAUGAGACAAUUGACUUGCCACGGGCGCAACUCAAUCUAACUUGCAAAGCUGCUGCCUUUCCUGACACAGAGAAAAUAUGGUUUUACAAUGGGAACCCAGUUCCAGAAAGACCCACGAUGCUCAGUCUAAAUAUCGUCAAAGAGAACUCUGGAAAUUAUACUUGUCGAGCGAUAAAUACCCUCUCGGGGGUGACACGCGAGACCACCCUGGAAAUUGACAUGAUAGAAUUUCUGCCCAAGCCCAACGUGAUUGCCAAACCAAGCAAUUCCAUUGAGGAAUUUGCCUCAGGUAGUCUAACCUGCAAUACAUCGGAAGACCUAAACAUUAAGUGGUUUAAGAAUGGAGAACUCUUCAAGAAGGAGUCCCAGCUCUUAGACAAUAAUCAGACUCUCUUUAUUCCUUCUGUAAUCAAGAGUGAUGCUGGGAGAUAUCAGUGCCAAAUUUCUAACACAAACAGCACGAGAAUAAGUGACGUUCUCAACCUCAACGUUCUCUAUGGCCCAGAUACACCUGAAAUCCAGCCAACUGAACGAUACUAUGAAGAACACAGCAAGGUUCUGCUGUCCUGCACCGCUGAUUCCUGUCCCCAGCCUCAGUAUGUUUGGUUUCAUAAUGGAAAGCGAUUAGAUACCGGGCCAAAAUUAUUCAUUGUAGAUUUCACAAAGGACAAAACGGGGAGCUAUAUCUGCCAGGCUGAAAAUGAACUCCUUCGCAAGAAAAGAAAUAGCAGCAGUUUGGAAAUUUACUUAGAGAAAAGUCGUGUAAGCCAGGUCACCAUCACUGGUCCAUCAAAGGCCAUAGAGAACAAGUUGAUCUCCUUGCGCUGCACAUCGAGAGGUGAAAAUGUUUCUUAUUCUUGGACCAAAGGAAGCCAGGUGGUGCAUUCAGGUGGCCGCAUCUCUUUGAUAAACAACAACCAGACCCUGAGGUUCAACCCAUGUCACCGAAGUGAUGCUGCUGACUAUACAUGCCAUGCUUCCAACAGCAUCUCUUCUGAUAAGAGUAACCCCUAUCGCUUAGAUAUCAUCUAUGGACCUGACCCUCCUAUUAUCAAUGAGACUAUUGACGUCCCUCAAGAACAACUCAAGCUCACUUGCAAUGCUGCUGCCUUUCCUCCUGGAUUUUAUACCUGGUUUUACAAUGGGAUGGAACUGGCUGACAAGAUCCUCUUUCAGAAAAUCAGCCAAGAGAAUUCUGGAAACUAUACUUGCCGUGUGAUCAAUCCGGUCUCUUUCCUGAAGAGAAAUACCACCUUGGAGAUUGACAUGAUAAGAAAGUUCAAAAGCCGAAAACGGAAAUGA